CGGCGCUGGCGGUGGUGGGGAGGGCCCUCGGGGCGAGCACACCCCUCGCGCCCGUGUCACUAUUUCAGAACAGAGGCCGGCAUUUAGUCAUUCUCCGUUGAAAGCUGCAAGCGCGCCGCUGUGCCGAAGAUCGCUCCACCUUUUGGACUAUUGGCGCAUUGACUUCUGAACAGAUGUAUUCGCGUUUGUAGAUUUCCCACUUGGCGGAGGACGAUUUUAGGAAGCCCGUUUGUAGUUGUAGACCGUGCCCUUUACCCGUCGCUGGAUACUUUUACGCACCGUUUUUUUUUGGGAGGGGGGGAAACACGCAAAAGGACAAUGCCUCGGUCUUUCUUGGUUAAAAAGUACUUCGCCAAACAAAAGCCAAACUACAGCGAACUGGAAUGUCAGAAUGCGCCGUCAGCGGACAAAUAUCCUCCGGCCGAGCUGUCGUCGGCCGCCGCCUGCUUGACGGUGGGCCUGAUGUGGGAGCUGGGCGCGCUGCCCGCUCUCUACCUGCCCGGCCGGCAAACGGAGCCCUCCGCCGUCCCGGGCCCCUUGGACCUCAGCUCCCCGUCCAGCCUGAGCAGCAGCGCCAGCAGCAGCGGCGAGGAGGACGAAGGCCGCACUUCCGACCCCCCCAGCCCCGAACCGGCGCGCACCUACGCCCCCCGUCAGCGGAUGAAAUGUACCGGCGCGGCGGCCCACGUCGGCCCGCCUGAGGAGGAAGAGAAGGAGGCCCCCGCCGCCGCCGCCGCCAUCGCCGCCGGCCGGCCCGCCUUCCUCUGCAAGCACUGCCCCAAAGAGUACACCAGCCUGGGGGCUCUGAAGAUGCACAUCCGCUCGCACACCCUGCCCUGUGUGUGCACCACAUGCGGGAAGGCUUUCUCCAGGCCGUGGCUGCUGCGCGGCCACAUCCGCACGCACACCGGCGAGCGCCCCUUCUCCUGCCCCCACUGCAACCGAGCCUUCGCCGACCGCUCCAAUUUGCGAGCUCAUCUGCAGACCCACGCCGAGGUGAAGAAGUACCAGUGCGGCGUCUGCUCUCGCACCUUCAGCCGCAUGUCACUGCUGCAGAAGCACAGCUCGUCGGGGUGUUGCUCCGCCACGGCGUGACGAGACUGCCCGGAUGGGGACGGCGGAGGGCGCCGAGAAGGGGAAGGGCUCCGUCCUGGCCGCGGACCCCCGCGCCACCGGGCUUUUCCGCGCUCGUUUGAAGUGUCGGGGCCGUGGGACCAAAUCUGAUCCUUACUUGAUGUCGGGCCCUCGAUCCCGCGCCUUCCCCAGACCAAAGACGUACUGGACUCCUUGGGGUAAGAGGCCUUCUUUCCCGUCUCCGGCUCGGGAGACGUAGGCUGGCGUGGGCGACGCGGAGAGACGAGGCGCUAACGGCGGUGACCUUCGCCGCUCUCGCUCUUGAAAAGACGCCGCCCCAGAGGACUCCGUCUCCCCCGAGGAAGGCGGCCGUCUUAAGCCUCCGUCGAUAGGAACUCCAAAAUGUUACCGCAGUGUUGAGCGGAGAGGUGGAAGCCAUACGCCGAGUGAAGCCAUGCCGAGAAAUGUCUUUCAUCAUAGCGCCGCCGUCAUUCGUGGAGAACCAAAGAGAUUCGAAGCAGAAAAGCUGGGACCAAAGCUCCCCCCCCCAAGUUUACACCACGCUGGCCCGAUAUGUGGCCAAAACGGACAGCACGGAGAUGAGCGCUGUGGUUUCUGGAAGGUGUAUGGCGAUGCUUCCUCGUGCCAUGCGCAGACGAUGUGUGCUUUCCAUUUUGUAGCCCGCCUGUCUUCGGUGUUUUGUGUAUGCCCAAAAAGCCAUUCUGACUUCCAUUCAAUAAAGUAAUUUAUGUUUAUUAAAA